AUGCCUCCUAAAAGGAGAACGAGCGCCGCAAACGGAAAUACCGCGCAGAGCAAGCAACAGCCUCCAAAGAGACCCGCCUUGUCUCUUCUAGAUACCGACAGCGAUGACAAGAAACCGGCACCAAAGCGAUCCGUGAAGCGGAGACGGAAAACCCAGACCCAGCCGCGAACUAGACUUGAUAGCCAUGAGCGAGAGGAUGAGGAUGCAGAUGAGAAUGGCAGUGAUGAUGCUGGCGGGGAUGUUCCACAUGUGCAGGUUGCAAAUAUCAAUCGCAAACGGAGCAAGCCUCGUAAUGCACCGCCAGCGACGGUUGAAGAGUACUUGAUGGAGCAGAACCAGCAGGCCAAGGAGUUCUUGAAGGGCUUCAAGGCGGAGCUGGUGGAAAGCCAAACUCAGGCGGAGGAGAGUUUGAAGAUGUUCAAGCAGGAGUUACACAACGUUCAGACGAACGACAACGAGAAAGAUUUUCGCAAGGUUUAUGCCACCCUGAAGGCAGCCACAUCGGGCGAAACGAAGAAUUCCAACGAGCUCAAGGAAAUGAAUUCCUUGUUCACAAAAGGGGAAAAACUCAUCAAGAUAUGCCACGACAUCCUCCAACGCCACCAAAUCGCUGUCAGAGACUCGCACCAAGACAAGCCAACUGUGCCACGAGAGAUCUGGGAGCAGGACCACCAAAAGAUGCGACAGUUGCUGGACUACGGGAAGGACUACGGACAGAAGUUGGUGGAGGGGAUCAUCAGUCCCGAUGUAAAAGGGGAUGAUAGUCCCACCCAGGAUAAGGAGAAGGAAGCCGGCUUGAGUGAAGCUGAGACACUUGCUAUUGGGCUGUUUGACGGGUCCAAAAAGAAGAGCGAAGAGACAGAGCGCUGGGGGAGGGUUGCACAUGCUCAGGCGAAGGCUUUGGCAGCUGUUGUCAAGACUGUGCCGUAG